AUGUCUGUGCACUACAGAAAGGCAUCCCCCUCCAGCAUGUCCAAUGCUAUGUUAUUCCUGAUGCUUUGCAAGAUCCCAGUUAUGACGGGAGCCUUCAUGGACUCCUCACCCAAUGACGACUACAGCGGCGAACACUCGCUCUUCAACUCCUCGGCCAGCGUCCACGCCGCUGCUUCGGCCGCCUCGGUACAGGGCCAGCAGGAUGAGUCGCAAUCCAUGUCCAGCGAUGCCAUCUGGCUCUGGAUCGCCAUUGUUGCCACGAUCGGAAACAUAGUGGUGGUGGGCGUUGUCUACGCCUGCACUUUCUGA